AUGCUCAUUAUUUUCAAAGGCAGCGUUCCACGUGAUGGUACGCAAUGGCCAGCUCACCGCCCGCCGAAUCUGGCCACGACGAGCUAUGACGAACUAUUCUGCCCGCAAGACCACCAUCCCUGCAAACCUGCAAGGCACCACCACGCCGCAUCUCGAGCUCGGUUUUCCGCGCCGCGCCGCAUCGCACUAGCAAACACGGGCGCUUCACAUCCAACAGAAACUGCAAAGACAGCGUCUCUGUAUCCUCAUUCACAGAUGAUCACAGGAGUAUAA